AGAAAGACUAACAGUGUUAUUUAAAGACGUGAAAAUAGCGUUCAUACAUAGUUAUUUGCGUAGUAAUUUGUAAAAUAAAGUGAUAUCAAGGAUAUCAAGCAAUAUAAAGAAUGAUAUAAUAAUUUACAAAAAAUAAUAUUUUUAAAUAAAAAAAAUCAUAGUGAAGAUGAAUCUUCCAGUAACAAAGAAAAGUAAAGAUGAUGCGAACAAAGGAGAAUGUAGCUUAGAUAUUUCAAAGGAAACAAAAAGCAUAAUAGAUAAAAUCUUGGGAGAUGUGAGCAAAAAAUCUGCCACCAAACAAAUCAUUAUCGGUACAACAUCAGGAUGGUUGACUGGUUUUGUAACAAUGAAAGUUGGAAAAAUUGCUGCAUGUGCAGUUGGUGGUGGAAUUAUAAUAUUACAGAUUGCAGCACAUCAAGGAUACAUCAAAAUUAAUUGGGAUAAAAUUCAAAAGAAAGCUGAGAAACUAUCAGAUAAAGUAGAAGAGAAAGUAACAGGUGAAGGGCCAAGACUUAUGGACAAGGUCGAGAGAUACGUUGAUAGAAAGCUAGACAAAGCUGAACAAUUAUUGAAAAAUGGUGAAUCUCAUACGCGCCGUUGGUACCACUCCAUAACUGGUGAUACCUCCUUUAAACCUACAGAAUUUCACUUUUUCCUUGCAUCUUUUGUAGCUGGUUUAGCACUUGGUUUUGCAACUGGCAAUUAGAUUUAAGUAUGCUGUAUUCUGAAUGCAUAUAAAAAAUUCAGAUGCUUUCAUUUCAAGAACAAUAUAUAAAACUUCAUAAAAAUAUACGUGAUAAGAUAUAAACCGGAACUUACGUUUUGAAAAUGCUAAUAAUUAAGCACACCUAACAGUACAUAAUAUAAUGAAAUUUUACUUCUUUAUAUUUGUAACUUAAUAACAUUUUUUUAAUACUUUACUAAUUUAUGUUACUAAUUUAACAUUAAUAACAUAUAUUUUUUAUUAAUACUACAUUUGCCAUUUUGUAACAUGUUGAUUAAUUUUUCAUUAGUUAAGUGAUAAUAUAGAUACUAUAAAAUGUGUUGAAAUAAAUACUAAAACUCGUUUUGCAUUCAGAAUGUAGCAAAAAUAGUGCAGUAAUUUUAGGAAGUAUAUUUAUAAAGUAUAGAAAUUAAUAUGAUCUUAUAUUAAUAAUACUAACAAAUGGUAUAACUUUUUUGUACCAUUUUUCUAUAUUUAAUUGGAUCUGUGAAAUAUAUUCAUAUAAUUUCGAACUGCUACAAAAUCUUUUUAUGAAAAUAUUGUUAUUUAAUUUAUUAGGUAAAUAGUAUUAUUUAAUUAGUAUCUUAUCAAAAAUAUGAAAUGGACACAGUAGUAUGAAAUAAAAGACAUUGUUAAAAUAGAGUACUAUAAACAAAUUUUCCCUCAAACGAUGUGUUCUGUCUUACAUAUAACUAUAAGUUAUAUGAUUUUGAAUAAAAUGAUAUAGUAUUUUGUAAUAUUUUUUCCGUAGAGAUUUUUGCGUAAGAUUUUUAAUGAAUUUACUCAAGUAUUUUAUGGCAUGAAAAGAUAUAAAUGAAAUAAAUUAUGUAAUACUGCCAUGCUCUUAACUAUUGUAUUUGUAAAGAUUAUGUAUAGAUCGACGUGUAUGUAUAAAUGUAUAUAUAAGAUGUAACGCUUACUUUGUUACAAAAUAUUACAACAGUAAAUGCGAAAUUUUUAAUUGUAACCAUUGAAUGUAAUUAUUGCAUUAUAAGGUAACCGAAACUACUUUAUACCAAGGAUUUUAUUGUGCUAUGCUAUGAAAACGCUUGCUAUUUUCGUUCUAUAUGAUUAUUUUAAUCAUUAGUAAAUCAGUCAAACAAGUAUAAAUAUUUAAAAUGAUUGUUAUACGAUCGUAAGAUUUCGCAUACCUUUUGUAACCUCUGAAAUAUUAUUUUGUAACACAUUAAGUUUCACAUCUUAUAUAUGCAAGAUAAGGGCAAGAAGAUAUAUUGACAUAUAUCUUUGUAGCUUAUGAUUAAUCGAAAGUACUUAGGAUAAAUAUUAUUCUGUGUGCUAUAUAAGUCAAAAUCUCAUUUAUAAAUAAAACUAAAUUUUAAUAAAAUUAUAACUAUACAAAAGAAUAA